AGGGAUACAUCAGUAAUUAACCACAAGUUACAGUGUUCUCUCCCUGAGCUCAGGCCAUGGCGGUUCGUCUCGCGAGGUCACUGGCGGCGUCCUCCCGAUCACGUCCGUCGCUGAUCUCCAUCGCCUUUUAUUCGUCUUCGUCCUCUUGGUGGUCGUCUCCCGAUGAUCUGACGGCGGGAUCGAAGAGGCGGGAGAAGAAGACUACAGACCGUUUCUCCGCCGCGAUCGACGCAGUCCAUGACCGGAAGCUCCCGCCGGAGCUACGCGGACGGCGCGAUUUCGUAAGGUUUCCUUGGCUUUGCAUUAGAGUUUUCGUAAGGCAAUUCAGCUCAGAGAAGAAUCGAGCUAACACCAAAGUCAACUUCUCACUCUCUGAUGACGAAUCAGAUGCGGAAACUGUCGAUUCCGUCAAGCCGGAGCUCUCACCUCCUUAUGAUCCUUUCAGCAAGAAACCUUCCGUUGAGGAUCCACAAGAUCCCAAGAAUUUCCAGGAAAUAUUCCACAAGAUGAAAACAGAAGGACUCACCAACGAAGCUGUCAAAAUGUUUGAUGCCUUGUCCAAAGACGGCCUUACGCAUGAGGCGCUUGAGAUUUUCUCUCAGAUGAAGGAGAAGCACCACAUGCCAGAGGUUGUGGCACAUACUGCUAUAGUUGAGGCCUAUGCUAAGGCAGGCCGGCCUAAGGAGUCUCUGAAGGUUUUCACGCGUAUGCUGGCUUGUGGAGUGUUGCCUAAUGCUUAUACGUAUACGGUUUUGAUCAGAGGGCUUGCAGCGGACGUUAAAACGCUCAAGGAUGCGAAGAAGCACUUGUUGGAAAUGUUGGGGAAUGGUAUGAGUCCUAAUGCUGCCACUUAUACCGCUGUGUUUGAAGGUUUUGUAAGAGAGGAACAAGAGGAAGCAGCUAGGGAACUGUUGCGAGAAAUGAAGGGAAAGGGUUUUGUGCCUGAUGAGAAAGCUGCGAAAGAGGCUCUUAAAUCUAAAAGAGGCCAAGUUAUUAGGACUGUCAUCAACCUUUUGUUUAAUAAGUAGUAGUAGUAGUAGUAGUGUCAAUGAGCACAUGGAUAUGUUGUUGCUGAGUUCUCUGUUUCUUAAUGAAUUUUGACACACUUGCUCAGUAGCUUUGCUUGUUAUGGAUGAUAUGACAUUUUUCUUGCGAGAGAAAGCUUAAAUUUGUUA